AUGGCACCGUCUGUUCUUCCUGUGGCCCUGCAGAACAAGCUUCUGGGCUAUAGCAGGGCUCCAAACACGCAACUAGCAGUUCUGCAACUGGAUGUUAUCCGAAAUAUCGUUUUCAUUCUUUUCAUUAUUCGCUACGUUCGCAAGGUAUAUCGUUCACUGCGCGGUUACGGUCUCUUCGGCAGCAUCCGCAAUGUCUACUCUGCUGUUCGUCUCUUCUGCUACUCUGUCUUUCUGCGGUUCCCCGGUGUCAAGGGUCAAGUCGACAAGCAAGUGUCAACGGCGAUUGAGGGCUUAGAGUCAAAAUUGAUUGCAAGUGGUCCCGGUGUCACCAGGUAUUUGACUCUUCCAAAGGAGGGAUGGUCGGCCGAACAAAUCCGCGCCGAGCUGAACAACCUGGCGAAUAUGGAACAUACUCGCUGGGAAGAUGGCCGUGUUAGCGGUGCUGUAUACCAUGGAGGCCAAGAUCUUCUGAAGCUUCAAGCAGAAGCCUUCGGCCAGUUUGGGGUUGCGAAUCCCAUUCACCCGGAUGUCUUCCCUGGUGUUCGGAAGAUGGAAGCCGAGGUUGUGGCUAUGGUCCUUGAGCUAUUCAAUGCCCCCUCAGAUGGCGCGGGUGUCACAACUAGUGGCGGAACGGAGUCUAUCAUCAUGGCUUGCUUGGCUGCACGUCAGAAAGCAUAUACCGAACGGGGUGUUACGGAGCCUGAGAUGAUUAUUCCUGAUACAGCACAUGCUGCCUUCAUCAAAGCCUGCAAUUACUUCAGGAUCAAGCUUCACCGCGUCCCUUGCCCGGCUCCUGACUACAAGGUUCAUAUACCAUCGGUUCGUCGGUUGAUUAACUCGAACACUGUCCUAAUUGUCGGAUCUGCGCCCAACUUCCCUCAUGGUAUUGUUGAUGACAUUCCAGCUCUAUCUCGGCUCGCAACCUCGUAUAAGAUUCCCCUUCACGUCGACUGCUGUCUGGGAUCCUUUGUUAUCGCGUUUCUCAAGAAGGCGGGCUUUGCAUCUCCGUACGAGGAAGAGGGUGGCUUUGAUUUCCGUCUUCCCGGUGUGACAAGUAUCAGUGUCGAUACUCACAAAUAUGGCUUCGCGCCAAAGGGUAACUCCGUGUUGCUCUACCGCAAUAAGGUGUACCGCAGCUACCAGUACUUCAUCUACCCUGACUGGUCGGGCGGUGUUUAUGCAUCUCCAUCUAUCGCAGGCUCGCGUCCUGGGGCGCUGAUUGCAGGCUGCUGGGCUAGUCUGAUGAACGUGGGUGAGUCGGGUUACAUCAAGAGCUGCCACGAAAUUGUAAGCGCAGCGAAGAAGUUCGAGUUGUCAAUCAAGGAGCACUCGGUACUGUCGAAGAGCCUGGAGAUUGUUGGAAAGCCCAUGGUCAGCGUCGUUGCCUUUGAAAGCAAGAAUGACGCUGUUGACAUCUACGAUAUCGCUGAUGAUUUGUCGGCCAAAGGCUGGCACUUGAACGCUCUUCAAACGCCUCCUGCUAUUCACGUGGCUUUCACCGUCCCCACAGCUUCAGCAGUGGAUGCGCUUACCACUGAUCUGGUCGAGGUAGUCGAGAAAGAACUGGAGAAGGCCGAAGAAAGGAAGCGCCAAGGCAAGUCGUAUAUCGUCAAACGUGGUGACACCGCAGCCCUAUACGGUGUCGCUGGUAGCAUGCCAGACAAAAGCAUCGUCAGCCGCUUGGCAGAAGGAUUCCUCGACACUCUGUACAAAGCAUAG